AGCCAAUCAGAGGUUGGGGACAGCGGAGUCCUAUUUACAUGCAGCUUGUAUAAGGAGACUCCCUCUCUGCUCAUCAUUAUUCAGUCGCUGCUGUUUCCUAGAAAAUCAUCAGGAUGCCUGAACCCGCCAAGUCUGCGCCCAAGAAGGGCUCCAAGAAAGCCGUGACCAAGACGGCCGGCAAAGGAGGCAAGAAGAAGAGAAAGACCAGGAAGGAGAGCUACGCCAUCUACGUGUACAAGGUGCUGAAGCAGGUCCACCCCGACACCGGCAUCUCGUCCAAGGCCAUGAGCAUCAUGAACUCGUUUGUCAACGACAUCUUUGAGCGCAUCGCCUCCGAGGCUUCUCGUCUGGCUCACUACAACAAACGCUCCACCAUCACCUCCAGGGAGAUCCAGACCGCUGUGCGGCUCCUGCUGCCCGGUGAGCUGGCCAAGCACGCCGUGUCUGAGGGCACCAAGGCUGUCACCAAGUACACCAGCUCCAAGUAAACAGUGCUGCUGUUUACCACCAACUCAACAAAGGCCCUUUUAAGGGCCACACAAACACAACUAAGAGGGAGAAACCUGUUUUAUUUACGAUGUUUUUUCUCUUUUUAAAUCUGUUUUAAGCCUUAAAGACUGUUUCAAACCCAGAGGCUCUGUGCCACUUUGGAUCUACCCAGAAACUUAAAUCUCCUGUGAUGGGCCACACAAAUGCUUUAAGCAAAGGAAUCCUGAUUGAAAUACGGUGAAAAAUUGCCAAGUUCGUACAUAAAAACAAGGAAUUUG